AUGGGGCUCCUUUGGCAGCUGAUUUUCAUGAUGUGGCGCCUCUCCUGCGCGGGGGGCACGAGCUGCCUCCUCUCUUCCUCCUCUCUGACAGAAUAUACAGAGAAUGGCGAUAUCACUUUGGCUCUGAUUGGUCCAAUCAACUCGGCGUCCUCGCUGCCAGUGAUUAAUUUUACAGUCCAGCCAGCGCCACGCCGGUGUGACCUAUUUCGCCGGGAUCAGUACAAAUCCAUCCUCGCCUUGUUAUUUGCGGUGGAAGAAGUCAAUCAGAAUCCACAUUUCCUCCCAAAUAUCACACUGGGGUUCCGCAUGUGGGACUCCUGCUUCUCCGAGAUGCCUUCCCUUAGGGCCACAUUUCAAGCCAUGACAGGCAAAGGGCCCAGUGCCCCAAACUACAAGUGUGGGUCCCAACCACGAAUCCCAGCCGUUAUUGGAGACCCACUGUCGACUUCCUCCGUGGCGAUUGCAAGACUCCUGGGCUUGUGGGGGGUUCCUCAAGCCAGCUACGCCUCAUCUCUUCCAUCUCUAAGUAACAAGCUUGAGUUUCCAUCUUUCCUGAGGACCAUCGUGAGCGUCGACAGCCAGCCAUAUGCCGUCCUGGAGAUGUGUAAGAUGUUUGGGUGGAAUUGGAUUGGGGUUCUCAUCUCCUCAACAGACUACGGAACACAAGGAGGAUCCGUACUCAAAACAGAAGCCACCAGGAACGGAGUGUGCAUCGCCUUCUACGAAACCAUCUCCUCCGACCAAUCCUUCAAACGAAUGCCAAAAGUUAUUGAAAGAGUCCGAAGGUCAACAGCCACCGUAAUUGUCCUUUACGCCUCUCCUCCAGAGGUCAAUGCCGUCUUUGUAGAGGUCCUUCAACAAAACCUCACCGGAAAGGUAUGGGUGGGCAUCGAGGCUUGGUAUUCCUCGCCGGUGUUUCUUCUAGCAGACUUCUGGCACCUUCUUAACAAUACUAUAGGAAUUGCCAGGAGCAGGAAAAUACUCCCAAAUUUCUCCAGGUUCCUCCAAACCCUCAGUCCUUCUAGAUAUCCCACCAUGCUCGCAAUCCGGCAAUUUUGGGAGAGAUCUUUUAACUGUAAGUGGGUAGCAACUAAUAGUUCCCUGGGUUCCUUGAGCACCACCAGUCGCGUCUGUACUGGGUUGGAGAAGUUGGCGACAGACGACAUCACAGAGUUUAAUGACCCAACAUCACAGGCUGUGUACAUGGCGCACAAUGCCAUCUAUGCCAUAGCCCACGCUCUCAAUGAUUUGCUGUCCUGCAAAGACAAAGAAGGUCCAUUCCAACAGAGUUCCUGUGCCGAUAAGACCGACUUCCAACCAUGGCAGCUCCUGCAUUACUUAAAGAGAGUGCGCUUUGUGAACACAGCCGGGGAGCUCGUCUCCUUCGAUGCCAAUGGAGAUAUUUACGGAUAUUUUGACAUCUUGAACUGGCGGCUCGACGGGAAUAACGUGAGCCGCUACGUCAAAGUGGGGACCUUUGAUAACUACGCUGCCACCAGUCAGAAGCUCUCCGUGAACCACAGCCUCGUCCAAUGGCCAGGAGGACAUGGUCAGGUGCCCCGGUCAGUCUGUAGUGACAGCUGCCCACCUGGACAUUGGAAGGCCCCCCAGAGAGGUCAGCCCGUCUGCUGCUUUGACUGCAUUACGUGUCCCGACGGGACCAUUUCCAACCAAAUCAAUUCUGUCACUUGCUUUACUUGCCCAGAAGAUCAGUGGCCAAAUACAGAGAGGUCCAAGUGCAUCCCAAAAAUUAUUGAAUUUUUAUCUUACGAGGAGCCUCUGGGCUUGGUGUUGGCCCUGUUCUCGGUUAUUUUCUCACUCAUCACGGUUACGGUGUUGCUGGUCUACAUCAAGUUUCGAGAGACCCCAGUGGUAAAAGCCAACAACCGCAGUCUCAGCUACCUCCUCUUGGUGUCCUUGAUCUGCUGCUUCCUUUGCUCUCUGGUGUUUAUGGGUUACCCGGUUAGGAUGACCUGCACCGUAAGACAAGCCUUUUUCGGGAUCACCUUCUCUCUUUGUAUCUCCUGUGUUCUGGCCAAAACCAUCAUAGUUGUUAUCGCUUUUAAAGCCACCAAACCUGGAAGCAAUUUGAGGAUGUGGGUUGGAUCCCAAACAGCGAUCCUGGUGGUCUGCAGCUCCUCAUGUGGUCAGGUGUUUAUCAUCACAAUGUGGCUGGUUAUGUCCCCCCCAUUUCUAGAACCCAACAUGCACCUUGUGGUUGGUAAGAUCCUUCUGGAAUGUAAUGAGGGGUCCAUCAUAAUGUUUUACCUUACCCUGGGGUACCUGGUGUUCCUGGCCCUGCUGAGUUUUGUUGUUGCCUUCCUAGCCAGGAGCUUGCCCGAUAGCUUUAACGAGGCCAAGUACAUCACCUUCAGUAUGAUCAUGUUCCUCAGCGUCUGGGCGUCCUUCAUACCAGCCUAUCUCAGCACCAAGGGCAAAUAUGUUGUAGCUGUCGAGAUAUUUGCGAUAUUACUGUCUAGUUUUGGGCUUUUGGGGUGUAUAUUUUUCCCCAAAUGCUAUAUAAUUAUUUUGAGGCCAUCAAUGAACACUAGAGAGUACUUAAUGUCUUCUAGGUCUUCUUAAAGAGGAUAGCAAAAGGAACUGUUUUCUCUUAAAAUUAAUUAGUUCACGUUUUUGAUAUACCAAUAAGUAUAAGAAAAUGUAAGUGUA